AUAUGGAGGAGGGAGUCCAGAAUGGUGUGCACCAGGAAGACCAAAACUUUGGUGUCCACUUGCGUGAUCCUGAGCGGCAUGACCAACAUCAUAUGCCUGCUUUACGUGGGCUGGGUCACCAACUACAUCGCCAGCGUGUACGUGCGGGGGCAGGAGCCGGCGCCCGAAAAGAAGCUGGAGGAAGACAAAGGGGACACUCUGAAGAUUAUUGAGCGGCUGGACCACCUGGAGAAUGUCAUCAAGCAGCAUAUCCAAGAGGCUCCUGCCAAGCCUGAGGAGGCGGAGGCUGAACCCUUCACAGACUCCUCACUGUUUGCGCACUGGGGCCAGGAGCUCAGCCCUGAAGGCCGGCGUGUGGCCCUGAAGCAGUUCCAGUACUAUGGCUACAACGCCUACCUCAGUGACCGCCUGCCCCUCGACCGGCCCCUGCCAGACCUCAGACCCAGUGGAUGCCGCAACCUGUCGUUCCCCAACAGCCUACCGGAAGUGAGCAUUGUGUUCAUCUUUGUCAACGAGGCUCUCUCCGUGCUGCUGCGCUCCAUCCACUCAGCCAUCGAGCGCACGCCCUCACACCUGCUCAAGGAGAUCAUCCUGGUGGACGACAACAGCAGCAAUGAGGAGCUGAAGGAGAAGCUGACAGAGUACGUGGACAAGGUGAACAGCCAGAAGCCGGGCUUCAUCAAAGUCGUGCGCCACAGCAAGCAGGAAGGCCUCAUUCGCUCCAGGGUCAGUGGCUGGCGGGCUGCCACUGCCCCUGUGGUGGCACUCUUCGAUGCCCACGUGGAGUUCAACGUGGGCUGGGCUGAACCCGUACUCACCCGCAUAAAGGAGAACCGGAAGCGGAUCAUCUCACCAUCCUUUGAUAACAUUAAAUAUGACAACUUUGAGAUAGAAGAGUACCCGCUGGCCGCACAGGGCUUUGACUGGGAGCUGUGGUGCCGCUACUUAAAUCCCCCCAAGGCCUGGUGGAAGCUGGAGAACUCCACUGCCCCAAUCAGGAGUCCUGCCCUCAUCGGCUGCUUCAUCGUGGACCGCCAAUACUUCCAGGAGAUCGGCCUGCUAGACGAAGGCAUGGAAGUCUAUGGAGGCGAAAACGUCGAGCUCGGGAUUAGGGUGUGGCAGUGUGGCGGCAGCGUGGAGGUCCUGCCCUGCUCACGGAUCGCCCACAUAGAGCGAGCCCACAAGCCCUACACUGAGGACCUCACAGCCCAUGUCCGCAGGAAUGCCCUCAGGGUGGCUGAAGUCUGGAUGGAUGAAUUUAAGAGCCAUGUCUACAUGGCCUGGAACAUACCCCAAGAGGACUCAGGAAUCGACAUUGGGGACAUCACCGCAAGAAAAGCUCUAAGGAAGCAGCUGCAAUGCAAAACCUUCCGGUGGUACCUGGUCAGUGUGUACCCAGAGAUGAGGAUGUAUUCCGACAUCAUUGCCUACGGAGUGCUGCAGAAUUCCCUGAAGACUGAUUUGUGUCUUGACCAGGGGCCAGAUACAGAGAAUGUUCCCAUCAUGUACAUCUGCCAUGGCAUGACACCCCAGAACGUGUACUACACAAGCAGUCAGCAGAUCCACGUGGGCGUGCUGAGCCCCACAGUGGAUGACGACGACAAUCGGUGCCUGGUGGACGUCAACAGCCGGCCUCGGCUCAUCGAGUGCAGUUACGCCAAAACCAAGAGGAUGAAGCUCCACUGGCAGUUCUCUCAGGGAGGCCCCAUCCAGAACCGCAAGUCCAAGCGCUGUCUGGAGCUGCAGGAGAACAGUGACAUGGAGUUCGGCUUCCAGUUGGUGCUGCAGAAGUGCUCGGGCCAGCACUGGAGCAUCACCAACGUCCUGAGGAGUCUGGCCUCCUGACCCACUUGGAGCCACCACCCGCCACCCCUUUGCUACUGUGUAGCACCUGCCACAACGUGGCCUGUUGUCCUCCGUGGGUUGUUUGGAGUCUGGGGGAACCAGAUUAGUGGGCCCCCCAAAAGAGCUUUUUAUUUGCUAUUCAAUUUUCAUGGAGUUUAUAGAAAGAUGCUGAAUGGUGGGUGAAGGUAUAAUAUCAUAAACUAUUUUGCAACUGGGAACUAAUGGAAAAUAUUUAUAACUGACAAUAAAAUACAAUUGAUUAAGAAAA